UCUCAAGGUAUUCCUUUCCUGUUCUUUUAUCCUUUAUACCCUUUUUGCUCCUUUCAAUCAUUCUUAUUUUUCCCCAAUUAUUUUUUCAAAAUUAGGAUUCCUGUACCCAUAAUUUGGUCACCGAUUGUUUCUCAGCUUAGGGUAACUUUAGGGUUCUCGAUUUAGUGUUUUCCUUGUUUUCGAUUUGGGAAUUUUGCAUUUGUUACGUCACUGGGGUUUGAGCUUUCAACCCUUUUCAUUCAUAGAGUAGGAUCCGCAUUUUUUAUGGAAUUUGAGUGCCCAAAUAGGACUGAGGUUUCUCAAAAUUUUGCACAAUUUGUAGCAAAUCCAGGCAUAGACACAAUUGAAACUAAUCAGAUUAGUUCCAAAUCCUUAACCGAAGGAGUAGCAACCAAAGAUCUUUUUCCAGAUAGCAAACCUGGGAAGGGUGUGAAGCUUAAGGGAGCAUACAAGAUUAAUUCUAAGAAGGGAAUCAAAGCUCCGGUCAGUGCUUUGAGCCAAUCAUCAAUUCCCGGUGAUGUGGUUUUAGAUCGUGGUUUAUCCAUCACUGACCUUCCUCCGGCGUUAAUAUCUGAGAUUUUGAAUUGCCUUGACCCCAAAGAUCUGGGCAUUGUUUCGUGUGUCUCGACGAUUUUUCAAAGAGUUGCAUUUGAGCACCAUGCUUGGAAGCAAUUCUAUUGUGAAAGAUGGGGGCUUCCAACAACCUCCUUGGUUGUGGAUGAUGAUAAGUCAUGGAAGGAAAUUUUCAUGGAAAGGGAGUUUAGGAGUAAGACUUUUAUGGGACGAUAUAGUAUGGAAGUGUUGUUUGGUCACACUGAGGCAGUUAGAACUAUUUUCCUAUUGGCUUCUUCGAAGCUCAUAUUUACCUCUGGGUAUGAUUCUGUUGUGAGGAUGUGGGACAUGGAGAAUGGGUUGUCGAUUGCUUCAUCAAGAUCCCUUGGCUGCACCAUUCGAGCCGUUGCAGCGGAUAGAAAACUAUUGGUUGCUGGCGGCACUGAUGGAUUUAUUCAUUGUUGGAGGGCUGUAGAAGGACUGCCACACCUGUUUGAGCUUAGAGCCUCACAGAAUCAAAAUACUGAGGUUCGACUUUGGGGACACGAAGGUCCUAUAACUUCCCUUGCUUUAGAUUUGACAAGGAUUUACAGUGGUUCAUGGGACACUACUGUUCGAGUGUGGGACCGUCUUUCAAUGAAGUGUAUUGCAGUGCUGAGGCAUAGUGACUGGGUCUGGGCACUUGUCCCUCAUGAUACUAGUGUGGCCAGCACAUCAGGUUCAGAUGUGUAUGUUUGGGAUACUAGUAGUGGGGAUUUGAUGACCAUCGUUCAUAAUGCUCAUGUUGGUAACACUUAUGCUUUGGCGCGGAGCCAUACUGGGGACUUUCUUUUUACUGGAGGUGAAGAUGGUGCAAUUCACGUGUAUGAGAUUGUAAGUGAUGGUUACGAGUGUAAAGCUUGUCAUGUUUCUACUUGGGUUCCUCACUCUGCUGCUGUGUAUUCCCUUGCCUUUGAAUUUCCAUGGCUUGUUUCAGCAUCAAGUGACGGCAAGCUAGCUCUUAUUGAUGUGAGGAACCUGUUGAGGACUCACAAACGAGCUCCGGGGAAGAGGGUUUCAAAGGUAAAGCAUUUGGAUGGAGACGUAGCUGAGCCUCCACAGAGGAUGUUGCAUGGAUUUAAAAUCAAUCUUUUCUCUGUGGGUAUAGGAGCUGAUCGAAUUGUGUGUGGAGGCGAAGAAGGUGUUAUCAGGAUAUGGAAUUUCACUGAAGCUCUGGAAAUUGAGCGCAGAGUCCGCACAUUAAGAGGAAUACGAUUAGAGAACAGAAUGAGGCGUCGGAAGCUCCAAACAGAGCUUAACAGUAAAAGUGGUCGGACUGAUCAGUGUUCAGUUGCUGCCAAGAAGAAUUCUGUCACUUGUAUCUGGCCCAAUAAACGUGGGAUCAGCGGAAAGCUUAAAACAUAGAUACUGACUAUGGUCAUCUGAUUUGCUUUACUUGCACCAACUGUCCUUUUUUUUUACAAAAUUCAUGUAUACGAUAUUUUAGUUCCAAGCAGGUAAAUUGACCAAUUUUAUGUUUAUCUCUACUACUAUAAUAUUAGUAGUGUCUGUAGCUAGUGAUUACUUCCAUAUAUUAGAAUUCUGUGUGUUUGAUAGCUCGUA